AUGGAGACCAGCGUGGGGACAGUGGCCGUGUUUAUCACUGUGAUGUUUGGAGCUGGCUGCUGGGAGCUGGUGAACCCCUGGUGCAGCCUGGUGACCCUUACCACCCACCUGAGGGAGAGGAGUGGUGUCCCCCAGGAUGUGACACUUGCCCUCUUGGCUGAGGACAGGCACCUGGUGAGCCUAGGUCAGGGCCUGGAGGAGGGGGCUACCCCAGCCCCCACCAUGGGCAGCUCCCUGCUCCAGGAGCGUGAAACCUACAUCCUCAUUAGGAUUCUCAGUAAGUGGGGUCCUAAGAUCCCGACUAUAAGAGGAGAGUACACCAAGACUCUGGGUGUCUGGGGCCACCCUCAGAGGGAGGGUGGGGCCCCUACCCGAUGUACGUUCCUACUGGAGAACCUGGACAACGUGUGUUCAGAGCUGGCAGUCCCCAUGACCUGGCACCCCAUGGCCAAGUGGUUGAGCUGGACUCGGAGCCAGGAGGCUGUGGGGCUUUACCCCCCCCUCAGGAUGCCCCCUUGA